AAAAUAAUUGAUGCAGGUAGUUGUAAAGCGUAUAGUAUACGCUUCAACAUCUUUUCAUUCAUUUCCUUAGAUGGGGAUUUGUUGUUGCACUGCUGCCGGACUUGUUGCGGGUUGCAUGCUCCGCUAGUAAUCUUUGCACCCGUCACGGAGCGGUACGUCCGUGUCUGUAGUUACGAGUGAGAAGUCCGAUUGGGCGGCAACUGCAAGCGAACAUGUGUGACUUGAGAAAGAAGAGCAACGAGAGGCCUGUGAUAGGUACAUGCUGCUUGUCCACAAGCCCGGAAUUCUUUGCCGCAACAAAGUCAGCAGGACUUGACUUUGUGUUCAUCGACACAGAGCACGUAGCACUGCCAAGGGACAAGCUGUCAUGGAUGUGCCGUGCCUAUGCUGCUGCCGAGAUCGCGCCCAUCGUACGUGUCCCAGAGCCCGAGCCGUUCCGCGUGUGCGAGUACAUCGACGGUGGGGCACUCGGCAUUGUGGCACCGUACGUGGAGAGCGUUGAACAAGUCCUCUCACUGGUUGGCGCUGUGAAACUACGUCCGCUGAAAGGAGACCUGUUGGCCCGUUGUCUGCAUGUCCUGAGCGGACCACGCGCCAAGACCGGAGUUGUGAAUGACCCUGCCUCAUUGUACAGCCUGCUGGAAGGGGAGCUGGGAAGUGAUCGGUGCAGCUACCUGCAGAAGAAAAAUGCAAGCCUUCAGCUCUUCAUCAACAUUGAGUCCACGCCGGCCCUGCACAACCUGGAACAUCUUCUCAGUGUGCCUGGCCUCGACGGGGUCUUCAUCGGUCCAGCCGACCUCAGCGUAUCCUUGGGGGUACCCAGGCAGUGGCACGAUCAAGGAUUUCAUGAUGUGGUCUCAUUGAUCAUCAAGGAAACACGCGGAAGAGGGCUAUCCGUUGGAUGUCACUAUUCGUUUGAGCGAGCCGUUGAAUACCAGAAGAAGUGGGUACAGGAAGGAGCGAAUCUCAUCAUACAUGCCAGUGACGUGAGUCUUUACACACGCGCACUCACCGACGAUGUUAGGCAGCUGAGCGAGGCCCUCUCCGCGCCCGAUGGAAAGCGAACUGCCGACGGAAGGAAUGACGCCGAUGUGGAUGUAUAGUACAUUUUAUGUGUCCCUCGCCCACCAUCACAUAGCGUUGAUACUGUGCUGGUUUUGAGAGGUUCUGCUUUUGCAGCUGCCUGAUAAAAUGUAAUUCAAUUUGAACUAGAUUUUUGAACUUGAAAUUACGCAUCCACAUACUGCAACUGCUGUCUUACCGCAUGAGAGUUAACUAUUGCUACGUGCCACAUUUGCUUUCAUUCAUUCUACCUAGUAUAUGCCACAAAGCUGAGCAGUCCUGUCAUGCCAGGCAAGUCAACGAUUAUGAUGUCUGCAUGCACAGUGGCAGGUGCACUGCAUGCAGGCACAUGCACUACUUUGUACUGCUACAUUGUACUGUGCACUCAGGCCUCUUGGACGGGCAAAAUAAAUCCAAUGUGCCAGCAUGGAUGUUGCUGCCACCCGUACUGGCCCAAGAAGUUUUUUUUUAUCCCCCCACCCCUUCUACACACAAGUUGAAGACAUAAAAACAUGUAUGAAGUCUUCUGAUGACUAGUAGUGCUAGGAUCAUGCCUUUCCAAUACAUUAGUUGGUACUUGAA